AUGGGACAAACAAUUUUCACUUUACCAGCAGCUAGAAACCCAACAACACAUAGUAGUUCUGAUGAACGGCAAAUCGUCGGAUCUUCGUCUAUACUAAGCCAUUCUGUAUUAGCGAAACAUGGUUACGCAUCUGCAAGCAGUAGUUCACCUCUACCAAUCGAUGCAUCAACAACCAACGAACUGGAAACUUCUUCAAGUGUCGCAACACAGAGCUUUCUUUUUCGACUUCAGAAGAAACUCUUCGGCAAACUGUCCAACAAUGUUAAAUUGUAA